CCGAAAAAAAUUUCAUGGCACCAAAAAAAGCUCAUUUGCAUAAUGCCUAUGUUACUUCAAAACCAUUGAAAGAGUGGCAUAACAUAGAUUCUUAUAUUGGCAAGUUACUGGAAGAUAAUUUGAAGUUAUUAGAAAAUGAUUGUUUCGCA